UUUCCCGAGAAAGCUCGAGAAAAACCCUUCGCUCUACACUUGUCAAGAUCAGUUUUUGUCGAAUACACCAUCUCAGAGGAAGUGCAACAAAAAUGUCACUCGAACAUGGUUUACUGUUGUUUCAACAACCUCUGUUGAGCUUCGAAGCAUUUGUCUGGUCUGUUCUAUUGGUCGGAGCAGUUGCCUUAUGGCUAUCCCCAGGAGGGCUUGCAUGGGCUCGUUAUAGGUCCAAGACGAGCGUUGCGAUCCCUGGCCCACUCGGUUUCCCGGUUCUCGGAUUACUCACUGUGUUCACCGGCGCCACCCCUCACCGUGUUUUAGCUAAACUCGCUAAAGCUCUUGACGCGCUCAAGUUGAUGGCUUUCUCCGUCGGGUUCACUCGGUUUAUCGUUUCCAGUGACCCGGAAACCGCGAGGGAGAUUCUGAACAACUCAGCUUUUGCCGAUAGGCCGGUCAAGGAGUCGGCUUACGAGUUGUUGUUUCAUAGAGCAAUGGGGUUUGCUCCCUAUGGCGAGUAUUGGAGGAACUUGAGACGUAUCUCAGCCACACAUUUGUUCUGUCCAAAGAGAAUCGCUGCCCUUGAAAGAUCCAGGCGUGAGAUCGGUGCUAAAAUGGUUGAAGAGAUAAACUGUUCGAUGAAAUCCAAAGGUGAAGUCUUGGUUAAAAGGGUGCUUCAUUUUGGUUCAUUGAACAAUGUGAUGGCCACUGUGUUUGGUAAAAGCUAUGACUUUGAGAAAACUAACGAAGGGUUUGAGCUUGAGGAGCUUGUGAGUGAAGGGUACGAGUUGCUGGGAACAUUCAAUUGGAGUGACCAUUUUCCUCUCAUAUACCGGCUUGAUUUGCAAGGUGUGAGGAGGAGAUGUAGAAAUCUGGUCUCAAAAGUUAAUGUCUUCGUUGAAAAGAUCAUAGAAGAACAUAGGCUGAAAAGGGUUAAUGGAGAUGAAUGUAGCAAAGAUGGAGACUUUGUUGAUGUAUUGCUUGAUUUGGAGAAACAUGAGCAACUCAGUGAGUCAGACAUGAUUGCUGUCUUGUGGGAAAUGAUAUUUAGGGGAACUGAUACUGUAGCAAUUCUGUUAGAAUGGAUUCUAGCUAGAAUGGUUUUACACCCAGAAAUCCAGGCCAAAGCUCAAGCAGAGAUCGAUUUUGUCGUCGGGAACUCGAAGCCGGUUUCGGAUACUGACAUCCGAAACCUGCCUUAUGUUCAAGCCAUCGUGAAAGAAACUUUCAGGGUUCAUCCACCCGGUCCUCUUCUCUCAUGGGCACGUUUAGCCAUCCAUGAUGUUCAUAUAGGUGACAGUUUCAUCCCAGCAGGCACAACAGCGAUGGUGAACAUGUGGGCAAUCACACACAACGAGAAGCUCUGGGCAGAGCCGGAGAAGUUCGAGCCCGAGCGGUUCAUGGAAGAAAAUGUGAGCAUUAUGGGACCUGAUCUUAGGCUGGCUCCCUUCGGUUCCGGUCGAAGGGUUUGUCCAGGGAAAGCCAUGGGGUUAGCCACCGUUCAUCUCUGGUUAGCUCAGUUGCUUCAAGCUUUCAAAUGGGUUCCUCGUGAGUACAAAGAGGUUGAGUUGGUUGAACAGUUGAAACUCUCCAUGGAAAUGAAGAGCCCUCUGGUGUGCAAGGCAAUGCCUAGGGUUGCUUGAAACUUGAACCCUUGGGGGCUGCAUUUAGGAGUUUAUGGUUAUGUUUUGUAUGCUUUUUAAGCUUUUUGAUGUGAUCUUUAAGUUUAUGGGUGCAGAUGAUGGAGA